UUUUCACUCCAUCAAAUUACAAGGAUGAAGUUCUCUGCCGAUGUCUCUUCUUCUCGCCGUAAGAGCAGAAAGGCUCACUUCUCUGCUCCUUCCAGCAUCCGUCGCAAGAUCAUGAGCGCUCCUUUGUCCAAGGAGCUCAAGGAGAAGCACAGCACUCGUUCCAUUCCUGUCCGCAAGGAUGACGAAGUCAUGAUUGUACGUGGUACCUACAAGGGCCGCGAAGGCAAGGUUGUCCAGGUCUACCGUAAGAAGUGGGUCAUCCACAUUGACCGUGUCACCCGCGAAAAGGUCAACGGUGCCACUGUUCCCAUUGGCAUUCAUCCUUCCAAGGUCGUUGUCACCAAGCUCAAGGUUGACAAGAGCCGUCAAGCUAUCCUCGACCGCAAGGCCAAGAAGGAAGCUAUGCAACAGUAAAUUUCGUACCAUUGUCAUUGAAUUGUUAAUCUAGAUCCGGCAGAAUAAAAAGGAUGUUAGAUCGAAUUCGGUUGGCUUGGCAUUGAGGGAUAGAAAUAUGGGAACGGGUGUUUUUGAAAGAAAAGUGUGUCACUUUGUUUUCGCGCUUGUCAUUACGUAAAAAUCAAUAGGGAUAUUGCAGUUUCAUGAUGUUACUGCUGGAAUAUAUACGAUAGGCAAUGGGAAAUAGUGGUGCUAUGUUCUCUUAACUAUUCGCUCUGCACUUGUUAUUGUAUCUAUCAUUUUAAAGACCUGGC